GCAGCGCGGGUUACGACGGAUGCAAUUCGAGCGAGCUGAAAAUGAUUUCAGAACACUUCAAGUUUCUCCUGUUCGACCUCUACAUGCUGUGGCGCGACACCUGCGAGACUCCUGGUCUGGUCGAGCGCCCCUCCCUGGAGCUCCAGCACUUCAUUUUCGCCUGGCGCGUCGUGGGGGUGCCAAAGAAGGACCCCGCACAGUCUCGCCCCAUUGGGGUGGGUUCGGUGCUCCUCCGGGCCUGGCUCACAGCCCGUGAGCCGAGCCUCCCCGCACCGCAGGACGCCCAGUUCGACUGCAAGGCUGGCUCCACGGUGGUGCACGCCUGCUGCCUGCGGCUGCGCGCCUGCCAGCGCGGCCAGUGCGGGCUGGAACGGGGCCUGUCCGAAUGCUGCGACAACGUGCCGCACGCUGUAGCGAAUGCGGCCCUGCGCAACGCUAGCGCGCCACGCCGCGUCCGAGCUGUGACCAACGCUGCCUGGCGGGGCCCUCGGACGUGCCAAGUGGCGGGGGAGCUGGCUGGGGAGACCAUCUGGUACUAUGUCACGAAGGUUCUGUUCACGGACGACCGGUCCUCCCUCUGCGACUCCCUCGCACAGAUGGAGACGGACGCGCAGACCACCAACACCUUCGGCUCAGGCACGGGCGCCAUCGAGAACGUCGGGAAGCGCCAGUGCUGGAAGCGGGGCGACGAGCAGCAGAUCGAGCACAUCGGCAUCCUCGCCGUGCCCGACGACCCCUACGCGAAGAUCACGCCCGCAGCAGGCAGCGAGUCCCAGGCCACGGCCGUGCGGGCCUACGCGACGCCGUUUUGGACGUGGUGUUCACCAGUCUUUUCUCUGCCACCCCCUGACGUAGUCCACGCUACGAUGGCGGCGGUGCUCUCCACGAGGUGCCCUUGGUGGUGCUGGGGGCGUUUCUGGGCCUCCAGCAUCGACUUGCACCCUGUCUACGGCGCGGUCCUCGUGGCCAUCGAUCGCAUCACCUAUUGGGACAUCCAGCGGAGUGAUUUCCUUGAGGUGAACGUCGUGGCGUUUUUCGAGGCUAUCGGUUUCGAAUUCUUGCAGUAUGACCCUGGGCGAG